UCUUUGGGGCAAUUCAUGAAGGCUGGAAGCAUCGCAGUAUGGAACAUAGCGCCACUUUUCAAAGGACUGGGAUUUGCUUCCAUGGUGAUUGUCUUCUACUGCAACACGUACUACAUCAUGGUACUUGCCUGGGGCUUCUACUAUCUGGUGAAGUCUUUUACAGCCACCCUGCCCUGGGCAACCUGUGGGAAUCCCUGGAACUCCCCAGAGUGUGUGGAAAUCUUCCGACAUGAAGAUUGUGCCAAUGGCACUGCCAGUAGCAAUCUUACCUGUGAUGAACUUUCUGACAAGCGGUCACCUGUCAUCGAAUUUUGGGAGAACAAGGUGUUGAAUAUUUCAAAAGGCCUGGAGUACCCUGGGGCUAUCAAUUGGGAAAUGACCCUGUGCCUCCUAUCUUGCUGGGUCCUUGUCUAUUUCUGCGUUUGGAAAGGCGUCAAAUCUGCAGGAAAGAUUGUCUACUUCACUGCUACAUUCCCUUACGUGGUGCUCAUUAUACUGUUUAUUCGAGGGGUGAUGCUGCCUGGAGCUCAGGAUGGGAUAAUUUACUAUCUCAAACCCGACUGGUCCAAACUGGCUUCCCCUCAAGUGUGGAUUGAUGCUGGGACCCAAAUCUUUUUCUCCUAUGCCAUAGGACUGGGGGCACUCACUGCCCUGGGCAGCUAUAACCGAUUCAACAACAAUUGUUAUAAAGAUGCCAUCAUUCUGGCACUGAUCAAUAGUGGGACCAGCUUCUUCUCUGGUUUUGUAGUCUUCUCCAUCCUAGGCUUCAUGGCUGCAGAACAGGGAGUUGAUAUCUCCAAAGUGGCAGAAUCUGGACCUGGGCUGGCUUUUAUUGCAUAUCCAAGAGCUGUCACUCUGAUGCCAGUUGCUCCUCUCUGGGCUGCCCUCUUUUUCUUCAUGCUGCUGCUUCUGGGCUUAGACAGCCAGUUUGUGGGCGUUGAAGGCUUUAUAACUGGGAUCCUGGACUUCUUCCCAUCCUCCCACGGCUUCCGAUUCCAGAGAGAGAUCACCGUGGCCAUCUCCUGUGUCAUCUGCUUCUUCAUUGAGCUGUCCAUGGUGACUGAGGGGGGCAUGUAUGUCUUCCAGCUCUUCGAUUACUAUUCAGCGAGUGGCACAACACUACUGUGGCAGGCCUUCUGGGAGUGCGUGGUCGUCGCCUGGGUUUAUGGGGCUGACCGUUUCAUGGAUGACAUUGCCUGCAUGAUUGGGUACCGGCCCUUUCCUUGGAUGAAAUGGUGUUGGAUGGUCGUGACCCCGCUCAUCUGCCUGGGUAUUUUUUUCUUCAACGUUGCCUACUACAAGCCAUUGAUCUACAACAACAGCUAUGUCUACCCCUGGUGGGGAGAAGCCAUUGGCUGGGGCUUUGCACUAUCUUCCAUGCUGUGUGUCCCUCUUAUUGCCCUCUACAAAUUCAUCCGUGCCAAGGGAACGCUGGCUGAGCGCUGGCACCAUCUCACUCAGCCAAUCUGGGGAUUGCAUCAUCUAGAGUACAAGGUGCCCGAAACGGAUGCUCUGACCAGCCUCUCCCCUGUCCUGGAUGGGGGUGCGAAAAUUGUCAUCUUUGAGAGUGUCAUGUGA